AACAUCUGUGUAUAAUUGUGUGAAUGUUUAUCUUCUGACAAACGCGUGAAUCAACUCGCCGAUUUUAAUUAAAUUUGUCAGCGGAGAACAGAGACGUCGAAAUUUCGGCCUCACUAUGGGUCUAUUCGGCAAGACACAGGAAAAAGAUCCUAAGGAGCAGGUCAAUGAUUGGUGUCGAAAAAUCAGGAAGGAAUCCAACCAGCUAGACAGACAGAUCAGAGGCAUCGAGAGGGAAGAGGAAAAGGUGAAAAGGUCGCUGAAGGAGGCGGCCAAGAAGGGCGACAAGGACGUGUGUUUGGUGUUGGCCAAAGAAGUCCUCAGGGCGCGAAAAGCUAUAUCCAAAAUUUACUCCUCAAAAGCCCAUCUAAAUUCGAUUCAGAUGCAGAUGAAAAACCAGCUAGCUACUAUUCGAGUUGCUGGCGCAGUUAAAAAAAGCACGGAGGUGAUGACGUCGAUGCAGCAUUUGGUUCGAGUACCUGAGGUGGCGGCCACAAUGAGAGACAUGUCCCGCGAAAUGAUGAAAGCUGGCAUCAUUGAGGAGAUGCUGGAGGAGACCUUUGAAGGACUCGAGGACCAGGAAGAGUUGGAGGAAGAAGCACAGGAAGAAGUUGACAAGGUUCUGUGGGAGUUGACCCAGGGUCAGCUUGGAAAAGUGCCUGCAAUGGUCACCGACACCCUACCCGCCGCAGUGGCUGAGCCAGAAGGCGCGUCUGCCUUGGUCGACGACCCUGACGAGCUCGAGGAAAUGCAGAGCAGACUGCAAGCGCUCAGAAGUUAAAGAAUGAGCUCUUUUUUGAAAAUAUUGAAUAAUUUUUAACGUUACUUUGUAACCUGUGAUUAAUUUUAAAGUACUUUUUUAUUAUUAGAAAUUUGUAGUGUGAUGAUUUUAUCAUCACACUACUAUUUGUUGAAGUAGAGAAAUAUGAGUAUUAUCAAUUUAAAAUAUUAUCCUUCCUGAUCCUACCCGCUGGAGCGGCAUAAAUCCUUAAUUUGGAAUGCUUUUUUUAAUAAAGAAAAAUAAUAUAAUAUACACAAAAACCUGCAAAACUCUUGAAUAUUAAAAGCUUUAUAGGAAAAAAUUUCUUUAAGUUAGUUUGAUAGUAGACUCUAAAUAUAAUUUUCUUCUUUAUUUUAUAAACAACUUUUGAAUAAUGAGGUGAUUUCAGAUCAUAAAUGCUAUUUUUUUUAAAAGCAAAUAAAUUGUAUAAAUAUGUAAUUUUAGAUCUCCAAUAUUUUGAUU